CACACACACGCACACACACACUCUCUCUCUCACACAUCAUGGUCUUUACGCCCCAUCCUCUGGCCAUCCUCUCGGAGGAGGAGACCAACACUGCCCGCGAUGUUGUUCUGGCUGAGCACCCCAACACAGUCAUUGAUUUCCGUGAGAUCUACUUAUCGGAGCCCCCCAAGGCUGAGCUCCUCGACUUUCUCGCCCUCGAACAUUCCGGUCGCUUGAGCCCAACCUCCCGUCGUCCUGCUCGUCUGGCCCUGUGUCAGUACGACGUCAUCGGUUCCGAUCGCAUUCCUUCUUUCCACGAGUCGGUGGUCGACGUGGGCGCGCGCAAGCGAGUCAAGCAUCACAUCGUGGGCAAAAAACACCAUGCCUCUCUAACUCUGAGCGAAUUUGAUACCCUUGUCGAGCGUUGCUUUGCCUCCCCCUUGUUUCAGAAAGCCCUCGAUGAUUUCGACCUGCCUCCAGGAUUUGAGGUCACCAUUGAACCCUGGCCCUAUGGUGGAUUGGACUACACGGAUGAGCCCCGUCGUUAUUUCCAAGGGCUGUGCUUUGCGACCAACAAGAGCAAGAAUAACCCCGACGCGAACUUUUACUCCUACCCUCUCCCGCUGAUCCCGGUCAUGGAUGCGCUGACUCAGGAGAUCAUCCGGGUCGAUCGCCCGGCCACUGGUGGCAAAGGCGAAGGCCUCAACGAACAAACCUUCAAGCGUGACAUUAUUGGUCACUGCAAGGAUUCCGACUAUGUGCCCGAGUUGGUCCCGGGUGGAAUGCGCAAGGACCUCAAGCCGCUGAACGUGGUGCAGCCCGAGGGGCCUUCUUUCAAGAUCACGAAUGAGUCGUUGGUGGAGUGGCAGAAGUGGCGGUUCCGGGUCGCCUUCAACCCUCGGGAGGGUGCCACCAUCCACGAUGUCUGGUAUGAUGGCCGCAGUGUUUUGCACCGUCUGAGUAUCAGCGAGAUGACCGUGCCCUAUGCCGAUCCCCGACCGCCUUUCCACCGCAAGCAGGCUUUCGACUUUGGCGACGGUGGUGGUGGAAACAUGGCCAACAACCUGUCGAUUGGAUGCGACUGCCUGGGUGUCAUCAAGUACUUCGAUGCGGUCAUCACUGGCGCGGAUGGCAAGGCGCAGAAGCUGCCCAAUGCUAUUUGCUUGCACGAGCAAGAUAACGGCAUCGGCUGGAAGCACUCCAACUGGCGCACUGGUCGCGCGGUGGUGACUCGUCACCGCGAGUUGGUGGUGCAAUUCAUCAUUACCCUGGCUAACUACGAGUAUGUCUUCGCCUACAAAUUCGACCAGUCCGGAGGUAUCACCGUUGAGUCGCGCGCCACUGGUAUCCUUAACGUGGUGAACAUCGACGCGGGCAAGACGAGCGACUACGGCAAUGUGGUCAGCGGGGGGGUAUUGGCUCAGAACCACCAGCACAUCUUCUGUGUCCGUAUCGACCCGGCCAUUGACGGAAACAGCAACUCGGUUCAAGUCGAGGAGUCCCAUCCGGUGCCCAUGAACGAGGUUACCAACCCCAUGGGCAACUACUACAAGGUCACGAACGAGACAUUGGAGCGGGCGGGCUGGCUCGACGCGGCACCCGAGCUUAACCGGACGAUCAAGAUGAUCAACCCUCACAAGAUCAACCCCAUCAGCCAGAAUCCAGUUGGCUACAAGUUCCUUCCGUUGGCGACACAGCGUCUGUUGGCCGACCCGCACUCGAUCCAAGCGCGCCGGGCUCAGUUUGCUCAGCAUCACGUCUGGGUGACCAAGUACCGCGAUGGAGAGCUCUAUGCUGGCGGUCGCUACACUCUGCAGAGCCAGGAGGAGGUUGAGGGUGUCUCCGACGCGGUCAAACGGGGCGACUCGGUCAAGGACACUGAUGUGGUGGUCUGGAGCACGUUCGGCAUUACCCACAACCCUCGCGUGGAGGACUGGCCCGUCAUGCCGGUGGAAAUCUUCCAGCUCAUGAUCCGUCCAGCGGACUUCUUCACGGCGAACCCGUCGUUGGAUGUGCCGUCCGACCGUAAUGUGUCAUCGCGGAUCGUGGAUAAGGAAUGUUGCCGCAAGGCGCAUAUCUAAUUAAUUAGGGUGUGUUAAAG